AUGGCCGCAACAAAAGAUUAUCGCGACGAUGUCGUGGAUAAUCCUGCCCAGUCAUCGCAGGGGGACCAAGGGGAGCCAUCGGCUUUCAAAGGUUAUCUGAGAGUGUUUGCUUUUGGUCACGCAGUCGACUAUGCUCUCGAGUCCAUCGCCAUCAUCGCCGCCAUCGCCUCAGGCAUUGCCCUGGCCAUGGUAAAUCUCGUCAUCGGCCAGUUUAUAUCGCUUCUGAGCGACUCCUACCCAUCUUCAGGCUCUCAGCCAGACGGGUUCAUGGCAGCCGUCAGCAAAACAGCGCUCUACUUCGUGUACAUCGGCAUCGUGCGGUUUGUGUGCACUUACAUUUACGCCUCCUUCUUCACCUUUGUCGCCCACCGCCUGACCCGCAACAUUCAACAUGAGUAUCUCCGCGCUGCUUUCAGCCAGGAGAUUGGCUUCUUCGACAAAUACAGCGGUUCCAUUUCCAUGCAAGCCACGUCCAACGGAAAGCUGAUCCAGUCAGGCAUUGGCGAAAAGCUCGGCAUGCUCGUCCAGGCCAUCGCUACGUUUGUCGCAGCCUUUGUCAUCGCGUUAAUUACCCAGUGGAAGCUCACGUUGAUAAUCAUCGGUAUGGUGCCGGUCCUUCUCAUCGUUGUUGGCGGUGCCGCCGGAAUGGACGCGCAAAUCGAGACGGAGAUUCUCAAGAUCCACGCCCAGGCAGCGAGCUUCGCCGAGACGACUCUUGCAGGUGUUCGUACCGUUCACGCCUUUGAUCUCCGCAAUAGGGUCGUUAGCCGGUAUGAUUCAUUCCUCCAGAACUCAUUUCGCCUGGGCAUGAAGAAGAACAAAAUUUACGGGGUCCUGUUCGGUGGGGAGUACUUCAUCGUCCACGCCGCCAUGGGCCUGGCCUUUUGGCAAGGUAUUGCCAUGGUGAAUCGUGGGGAAAUUCCUGACCUCGGUACCGUUUUCACGUCAGUUCACUCCCUGGUCCCAAGCAGUUCAUUCCACUCUAAUUCGACAUAG